CUCAGGCUAUCCUGUGCUGCAUACAAUUUGAAGCCAGCCUGGUAACCUGGUCUACACAGAGUUCAGGCCAGCAACAGGGCUCUGGGUGAAGGCUUGCCACCACUGGGCACAGUGCCAGUCCAGGGCCUGCGUGGUGGAAGGAGAGGACGCACCCCUGCAAGUUGUCUUCUGUUGGGGUUGGGUUGUCAGCCAGCCAGGCCGGGGGUUCACCCCAGUGCUCAAGGAAGCAAAAAUUCCUAAAAACACCAGGAAAACGGUCACUGGGGACCGAUCACUGGACUCCACUGCAGCCCCAGAGACGGUGGCUUUGUCUGACUUCAAAGACACUUUCUAAAACCACCCAGAGCAGGGUGUGAAGGAGGAGCUGGCACUUGUGCUGGGUGGGCGGGUCUCAGAAGGCCACCCCUCCUCACAGGAAGAGAGUGGGGAGCCACCCCCCCACACACCCCGGGUCCACAAGUCCUGAAACAGCAUGGCGGUCCACCAGUCCCUGCUGCUCUUGCUGGCCCUGGAGACACUGUGGGCAGCAGGCAACACAUUUGAGACCCACAUCAUUGGGGGUCGAGAGGCUGCCCCACACUCUCGCCCAUACAUGGCCUCUCUACAGAAAGCUGGGUCUCAUGUGGGGGGAGUCCUUGUGCAUCCGAAGUGGGUGUUGACGGCUGCCCACUGCCUGUCUGAGCCCCUGGAGCAGCUGAAGCUGGUGCUGGGCCUGCACCACCUCCACGACUUCCAAGAUCCCGGCCUCACCUUCUACAUCGCAAGAGCCAUCAAGCACCCUGGCUACAAUCGCAACUACGGGAAGGACCUGGCGCUGCUGAAGCUGGAUGGGCGGGUGCAGCCCAGCAGGAAUGUCCGACCGCUGGCCUUGCCAAGGAAGAGCCGAGCCAGGCCCGCAGAAGGCGCUUGGUGCAGCAUCGCUGGCUGGGGAGUAACCGACCGCGGCAGGCACCUGGCUCCGGCCCUGCGGGAGUUGGAUCUGCGUGUGAUGGACACCCGCAUGUGUAACAACAGCCGCUUCUGGAACGGUGCCCUCGAGGACGACAUGCUGUGCUUGCAGGCGGCGGAGUCCAAGAGCCAGGCACCCUGCAAGGGUGACUCUGGAGGGCCUCUGGUGUGUGGCAAAGGCCAGGUGGAUGGCAUCCUGUCUUUCAGCUCCAAACACUGCACAGGCAUCUUCAAGCCCCCUGUGGCCAUCGCCGUGGCCCCCUACAGCCCUUGGAUCAGGAAGAUCAUCCGUAGGUGGCCACAUCAGCCUCUGGCCUGAUGUUCCAGAUGAGCUGGAUACUCACUGGCCCGGGGGUGGGAAGGGACUUGCUGUACCUCUAAAUAAAUACGGGACCAGUAAAUCAUGAUGCAUCUGUUGAA